AUGCCGAAAUCGAAGAGAGCACGAUUGCAUACUGGCCAUGGAAGUGGCAACCAAAAAAAGACUCGUAAAAUGCACACUUUCUCUAAACUCUCGAGUACUAUUCCUUCAGCGUCGUCUUCACCCAAGCAAAAUGUCGGCAAGAAGAACCCUUUGCAUCAACGGCCGAUUAUUCCCUUUAGGAGAAAUGAUCGAAUUCUGUUAGUUGGAGAAGGUGACUUCUCUUUUGCCCGCUCUUUAGUUGACCAACAUUGCUGCAAGAACGUCUUGGCUACAAGCUAUGAUUCUAGGGAAGUAUUAUACAGCAAGUAUCCCCAAGCCGAACAUAAUGUUCGCGAAAUCCUCAGUGGCGCCCCCAAGAGGAAAGACUAUAGUCCGGACUCAAGACUAGAUCAAGACAAACCAAGGCAACGUCGCCGGCCCAACGUCCUCUUUUCAGUCGACGCUCGAAAACUUGGCCACGCUUCUGGGGGAGGGAAAGACGUACGCGUCGGACUCCCUCGCCGGGAACGUAAACGCCCUGCAUGGCAAGAGGCCAAGGAGAGCAGCGGCAUUUCAAUCCUCCCCUCAACCAGAGGAGGACCAUGGGACAUUAUUUGCUUCAACUUCCCCCAUAUUGGAGGCUUGUCUACUAAUGUAAAUCGGCAAGUUCGUGCCAACCAAGAACUUCUGGUUUCCUUCUUCAAAGCUUGCGUACCGCUGCUGUCGUCUCGUCCCGAAAUAAGUGACAAUGUAAACGAGGAAGAGUGGGACUCCAGUACCGAAAGCGGAUCUGACUUAGAUGAGGAGGAUAACGCUGAUAUGCGGGGCUCGCGAAAUGACAUGGCGCAAGAGAACAGAAUUCGGAACGAACCUGGGCAGAUCAUAGUCACACUAUUCGAAAGAGAGCCCUACACCCUUUGGAACAUCAAGGAUCUUGCGCGCCAUGCUGGUCUAAGAGUUGUUACUAGCUUUAGGUUUCCGUGGGCAUCCUACAGAGGGUACUCCCAUGCUCGGACCUUGGGCGAAAUUGAAGCAAAAAACGGAGGAAGGGGUGGUUGGAGAGGGGAAGAUAGGGAGGCUAGAAUGUACGUGUUUGAGCUAAAGGAAGAGCGCAUAGUGCCUACGAUGGAUUUGCAAUCCUCCAAGAGGGAUAAAACUUCGAGGAAUAAGAGAUCAAGAGCAUCGACUAGUGAUGAUAGUGACUGA